AUGAAAGUGCUCUACCAGAAGCAGCCACGGGCGCUAGCACUUUCGGGCGACAGCCACGGGUUAGUGAUCCGAGCAGUGGACAACGCCCGCGACUCCACUCAGCCAGUGGUAGUGGUGGACGUCGUCCCCAAUUCCCAGAUCACUAAGGACCAAGGGUGGAGGCCGCUUCUGAGACACGAGGUCUAUGGCUGUUUGGGGCUUAUCCAAGUCGAGGAUGAGAUCUUCAUGGCCGUGGUUACCGGUGCCAUAAAGGGAGUGGCUCUGCCUGUCCCCUAUGAGACGGUGGACCGCAUCUACCUGGUGGAGUUUGCCUGUGUCACCAACGAUAAAUGGGACUUUUGGGACAUCGCCACCGGUGGUGCCACCACUGGGUCCAACAGUGCCAACGACGUCAUCGACCACCCAUGUUCUGAUAUGCAAAAGCUUUUGAGUAAUGGUCUGUUCUACUUUUCCAAUGACUUUGACUUGACACUGAGGCUUCAGACUCGGGGGAUCGACAAGACAAAAUUCCACCUGAAACUGGAACACCCUGCUAAUUCUAUGACCACAACGAUGGCCCCUGAUUUCAUGUGGAACCAUUUCAUGAUGAAGGAGCUUCUCAAGUUCCGCGGCAAUAUGGACGAAGACACUCAGCAAAUUCUCAGUGAUAACCGCUUCCUCACUCUGGCCAUCAGAGGGUUUGCUAAGACCGUGAGACUGAGUGGGAUCACCAUGACCAUCAUCUCCAAGCAGCUGUGGCGUCGUGCCGGUACUCGGUUCAAUGCUAGAGGUAUUGACGAUGCCGGUAACGUGGCCAACUUCGUCGAAACCGAAUACAUCAUGGCCUCAGACCAGCUGAUCUACUCCUACACACAAAUCCGGGGGUCGGUACCCGCAUUCUGGGAACAAGACUCGACGCUUAUCAACCCCAAGAUCACCGUGCAUCGCAGUGUGGAGGCGUCCCAGGGGGCUUUCAACCUGCACUUUGAAAAGAUCAUCGAUACCUACGGCAUCUGUCAUAUCGUCAACCUCUUAUCAUUCACUAAGCUGGCGGAAGUUCAAGUGCUGGAUCGAUUCCGCAAACUCCUCAAGCACUGCCUGCUCUUCGACGAGCUUGAGUACACUGAGUGGGAUUUCCACGCUGAAACCAAACAGCAAGGGUUUGCUGCUGCUACAAGAAUCCUUCCGUUACUUAAACAGCUGAUGAAACAGUUUGGCUGGUACGAAUGGGAUAUCCAUCUGGGUAAGACCAUCACCAGUCAGGACGGGAUUUUCCGUACUAACUGUCUUGAUUGCUUAGAUCGGACCAAUUUGAUCCAACAAGUGAUCCUGUUAGCGGUGGUUGAUGUCUUUUUGCGGGAGAUGGGGCUGCGCCACAGUGCCCAAGAAUUGCAACCGCGCCACAACAACUUGUGGGCCGACAAUGGUGAUGCUAUCUCGAUGAUCUAUACCGGGACCAACGCCUUGAAGCUGUCGUUUACUCGACUGGGGAAGAUGAACCUCGCUGGUGCUCUUUCUGAUGUCACCAAAUCGGUACUGAGAAUGUACCAAAACACGUUUGUUGAUGGUAAGCGGCAGCAGACGAUGGACACGAUGUUGGGGGUGGAUCGUAGCUCUCGCAAGGUGCGUAUCUACGACCCCAUGCUUGAGUUUGUCGCUGCCAAAUUGGACGGCGUCCUGUCUCGCUUUACCUCAUACCGUGACGUUAACAUUUUCACUGGUACCUAUAAUUUGAAUGGUAAAGAACCUGAAAGGGCCGACCUUCGAGCUUGGCUUUUUCCUCCCGAACAAGCAGGGGUGGAACCAGAGAUCUACGGGAUUGGGUUACAAGAAAUCAUUGAGCUUAACGCUGGUGUCGUCUUCAGCGGUGAUAAUGUCCGGGCGGCCAAAUGGGCGCGGAUUAUCGGCGACCAGUUAGGUUCGAAGUACGUGUUGCUUCGUACGGAACUGAUUGCGCUGAUGGCGAUUUUCUUAUUUGUCAAACAGCUGGAAGUGGACCAAGUGACUCAAGUCGCCGGUGGCUCCAAGAAGACCGGUUUGGGCGGGAUGACCGCUAAUAAAGGUGGCUGUGCCGUCCGGUUCAAGUACGGGGCGACACUGUUUGCCCUCUUAACAUCGCAUUUAGCCGCCGGUACUGCGGCGACUUUGGAACGGUAUAAUGAUUUCUUAACAAUUUUCAAAGGUCUUCGUUUCACCCGCAACUAUACCAUCUCCGACCAUGAUCAUAUCCUUUGGUUUGGUGAUCUUAACUACCGCAUUGACUUACCUAAUAUCGAGUGUCGUGGGUUAGUGGACGUUGGCGCCUGGGAUGAAUUAAUCAGAGAAGAUCAGCUUUGUCGAGAAAUGGCUCAUAAGGGGGCGUUCUACGGGUUCCUGGAAGGGCAAAUCAAGUUCUUCCCUACCUACAAGUUCGAUAAGGGGACGAGCAACUACGAUACUCUGGAGAAGCAGCGAGUACCAUCGUGGACCGAUAGAGUACUCUGGCUCUCCCCCAAAAAGUAUGGCAAGAAGCAUGACAUUGAAAACACUUUCUACAAUCUGGUGAUGGAUAUCUUUAUCAGUGACCACAAACCAGUGUAUGGUGGUUUCAAAGUCCGCUGUGCGUUCAUCGACGACAAGGUCAAACUGGAAUUGCGCAAGAAAUAUACUUCCGAAUGGAAGCUGUCGCAUGCUCCUAUCGGUGUGCAAGAUUUGGUCGAUUUCGGCGGUGCCUCCGACCUGGCCCUGGUCUCAUCGCAAUUCACUAACGAUGCCCUAAUGGACAUGAACUUACCGAUAAAUUCUGCCACUACCAGUCCCGGACCGCCGCCGCCGCCGCCCCGUCAAGUGGGGCUGGCACCAGUGCGCAAGCUUCCUCCCGAUUUGCUCUCGGUAACGCCGUUGUCGCCGGCUCGGUCGCCAGCACGCUCGCUGUCGCCGCUUGCCACUAAUGCUCCCACUACCACCAACGCUUCUACCAAUACCGACACUGCCAACCCGCCGCCGCCACCUCCGCGUCGCCUUCCCCCUGCGGGCAGUGCUAUCCUCUUUAACAGUGCCCCACUUGUGCCGGCGAACUCGUCGCUGCCGUCUCCGAGACCACAAACCCCUACCGCUACCAAUACUGCUAGUGACAAGGCUACUACUGCUGCUACUGGUAGUCCCAAGGUAGUAUCGCCUCAGGAACCGGCCAAGGUGUCACCCAAGGCGCCGUUGAAGCCCAAGAAGCCCGACGCUCUUCAUGGCGAUAAGCUCCACAAGGAAGCUGAACCAACCGAGCAACCGGCGCUGACUAACGGCAACAAGACCCAGGCGCCGCCGCCGCCAGCUCCGCGCAACGCCGCACCACAGAAGACCAUGCUGGACUGGCAACCUUUAGUGCCAAAGUAA